AUGAACCAUGUAUUCCAAAAACAGCUGAGGAAAUUUGUACUGGUAUUCUUUGAUGACAUCUUGGUAUACAGCUCAAGUCUACAGGAGCAUUUGAAACAUGUUGUAGAAGUUCUAAACAUCCUCAGAGAACAACAACUGUAUGCCAAGAGGAGCAAAUGUGCCUUUGCUCAGACACAGGUGGAGUAUCUGGGGCACAUCAUAACAGCUGAAGGAGUGAAAGCUGACCCUAGGAAGAUUGAAGGUAUGAUGAAGUGGCCCAAACUAGAAAAUGUAAAACAGCUAAGAGGAUUCCUUGGCUUGACUGGGUACUAUAGGAGAUUUGUUAAGGGAUAUGGCAGUAUAGGUAGGCCAUUGACUGCACUGUUGAAGAAGGACACCUUCCAAUGGGGGACAGAAGCUGAAGAAUCAUUUCAGAAACUCAAGGGAGCCAUGUGUGACACACCUGUCCUGGCCUGCCUGACUUCACCCAACCCUUUGUAA